UUGGGUUUGUCAAUAUGCCAAAAAUGAUGUUUAAUUUUGAAAUUUUGGAUCAAAGUCAGAUAUUGAAAGAUGACUUUAACAACAGUUCUACAUAUGAUGACUGCAUAUUAGAACAAAUAAAAACAAGAAAUAAAGAUAGAAAUAUUGCUGAUUUUCUGGAAAAUUUAUAUUUCUUGAAAGACGUUACAAAUAAAACUUAUGCUUCUAAUGGGCUUCAGGAAAAUGAGUUUAAAUACCUUUCCAUGAUGUUUGAGACUUGUCUACAGUCUUUGACUUGUCCAGAACCAAAUAUUGAGCUGGAAGUUAAGCCUGAACCUACAGAACUAGAUAAAACAACAAUUAACAUGAUAAAAAGGGAGACUGAACCUUGGAUCAACUCCACAUUUAAUUAUACUGGUGUAUUCGUUGGUAAUAUUGAACUUCCAUCAUCUUCUGUAAUAAAUAAGGUGUAUUAUUCUUAUGGAUUUAUAGCUUUUGUUGGUGAACUUGGGGGAUGGGUUGGUUUACUCCAAGGACUAAGUAUUCUCGGACUAGGAUAUAUUCUGAAAGAAACUAUUAGUCUAAAAAGAAGAUAUAUAGGUGAUCUUGCCUACCUUCUUGUUUUCAUUGGAAUAUCUUCUGCUUUGGUAACUCAGAUCAUAUAUUCAGGCCUUAAAUGGAAAAGUGCCCCAACGGGUAUAAAUAUUGAAUACAAGAAAGGAGAAUCUGAUCUGAAUAUAUCUUUAACUUUUUGUGAACAAGGAUCUAAUAGAUUAAACAAUGCCAGCUUGACACUGUUAAAUCUUAUCUCUGUUUAUACCAGAAAAAGAGAGCUUGCACCAUGGACUAAAUAUCAUGAUGAAAAGAAUCAUAAUGAAUCCAAUACAUUUAUUUGGCUUGGAUUUUUAAUGAAAUGUGAUUGCAGAACAAUAAUAUUCAAGGGAAAUGAUGCUAAGAUUUUGCAUAGUAUUAAUGUUGAUAAAACGGGGCCAGGGAUGACUGUAAUAGUUCAUGAUUCUGGAAACUUGAACAGCCAAGGCAGCCUUGCAAUACCUGAACAUUAUUACAUGAACAAUAACAUAUUAAACCUGGAAGCUGAACAGACUCAAGUGAUAGAAACUAAUGAUCUGUGCACAACCACCAUUGACUUUGACACAUGUAAAGAUGAUUAUUUGAACAAGGAGCUGAACAAAACAUUUGGAUGUGUCUUGCUUAACAAAAGGAGAGUUUAUUUACAAUCCAAUGCAAGGAAAUGGAUAAAUAAUUAAUAUAGAAGCCUCAUUGAUUACUCAAU